GCUUACACACACACACCCUUACGACAAGCCAAGAUGACCACGCUUCUGCUGGCAUGGACACUGUUGACUGUUUCUCUGUGGACAGCAGGUUUGAGCCAGAUCCUCCUUCAAGAACCCCUCAAAGUUCUGUAUCCUAAGAUUUCCAGGCAGGAGAAUAUCGAGUGCAACUGCAUCAACUCCUGUGAAUCAGUCUACUGGUUCCGCAGGACUCCCCUUCACAGCGACCUACAGUUCCUGGGCACAAGCAACAAAGCUCAGCGUGUUAAAUACGGGGCUGGCGUAGAAGAGGCACGGUUUACACUCAGUAAGAGAGGGAAUACCGCCUUUGUGCUGCGCAUCGACGGCGUGACGGAGGACGACGAAGGGACUUAUUCCUGCGUCUUAAGGGACAACGGCGGUCAAGAUACAUGGAGGUCUGGGACUGUUCUUCGGCCGGGAGGGACCACUCCGACGGCCCCCCCUAAGCCAAAACCCAAACCUCCAGUCAAGUCCGUCUGCCGCUGCCCUAAGAAGAAACCUACACAUGAUGGCUGUGACUACCUGGUUCUGUGGCCGUUGGUUGGAGCCACUGGGGUCCUGGCUCUGGCUCUCGUCUGCACACUGUACUACUUCAGCCGGCUUCCAAAGAAAUGCCGCCACCACUUUGAGAGGAUGAGACAUAAGCCCUGAAGCAAUGCAUCGACGGCUGAGGAUCACGAGGCUGAAGAGCUUCCUUUUAGCUGAUGUCCAGUGGAGAUUGACGGCCGGGAUUCAGAUCUGCUCUGCAGCCGACAACCCGUCGUGUGCAGUCAGAUUUAAUAUUCGCCCGGACUUUAACUUCAGCAGCAGAUAUAUGUGAUAUAUGUAAAUUGGGAUUUUUCAACGAAUUUCUGCUGCGUGUUUUACAAGACAGAGCUCCAGCAAGUUUGAAUUUAACCCAAGUGUUGUAAUUUUCAUCUGUAAAAAUCAAUAUGCAGAU